AUGAUCAACAUCAACUAUACGAAAUUUGAACAUCUUCCAAAUGAAUUAUUAUUUGGUGUUUUUGAGUAUAUUGAUAUUCGAGAUUUAUUUUAUGGUUUCUGGGGAUUGAAUAAACGCAUAAAUCAAUUGCUUCGAUCUCUUCAAAAUCUUUCAUUUAAUCUUGAACAAUAUGAACCAGCAUUGAUAUCAUUAUUUGCUAAUCAAAUUAAUCAAUUAAUUGUCAAUACAUGGCAAGAUAUAGAUUUAAAUCAAUUUCCUUUUUUACAAUCACUUAUUCUACAUCAGAUAACAGGAAAUCAAUUACGACAAAUUCGAUCAGAAUAUAUGCCUUAUCUUGUUUAUCUUUCUACGUCAUCAAUACCUGAAUUUUCUCUAAUGCCUCAAUUAGCUCAACGUAUAUUUUCUAAUGAAAUGCCUACUAUUCGAUAUGUUGAUCUUGGUCAUGUUCAUGUACCAUAUUUACGUAUGUGGUCUCAAUCACCAUCACUUCAUUCAGUAUCUAUACAUAGUACAAAUCCAACUAUUGUUCCAUUUAUUCUUAUUUCAUGUCCUAAUCUUGUUUAUCUUCGUGUUACUUUUUUAAUUAAUACUAUUCCAAUAUUUCAUAAUUCACCAUCGAUUCAAAAUCAUCCAUUAAAACAUUUUGUUCUUUCCGAUCCGUACCAUAAAUUAUCCUUUAGUCAUAUUUAUACUCUUUUAGCAUUUAUUCCAAAUGUACGAAGAAUUCAAUUAAAUUUUUUAUGUAAAGUUCCAUUUAUUCAUUUUCUUCAAAGUUUACUAAGUCGUUUACGAUAUUUAAAUCAAUUUGAUUGUAAUAUUGAUGAUGUAUCAACGGAUAAAGUAACAACUAUUGAAACGAUUCAACAAACUCAUCCAUGUUUUUAUCGAAUUCAAUGUUCAACAAGUGAUUUUAACUUUCGAACAUUUACUACAGAGUCCAAUAAAUAA